AUGACCCCCACACCUCCAUCUGCUACGACAUCAUCCUCGGGCCAUUCGCCCGAGGAGCAGUUCAGGGUCGUUCGUCGCAGAAAUCGGGUGCCGCUCAGCUGCUAUCCGUGCCGGACGAGAAAGUUGAAAUGCAAUAGGGGAACUCCGAGCUGUGAGAACUGCAUCAAACGUGGCGAUACACAAUCCUGCGUUUACGCGGCUCCGACAAGCCGGAGGAAAAACCAAAGUAGUGCUGGAGCUUCUUCAAGCCCCGAUGACAUGCAGAAUCGUAUUGACCGUCUAGAAGGUUUAGUUCUGAGCCUCAUGCAUGGUGGAGCCAAUAUCGAGAUACCUUCCACAUCAAAUGCCGCUGCCCCGGCAGCCCUAUCGAGUACAGAUAGCUCCUCUGCCCACGUCGAACGAGAAGACGACGGUGCUAUGAGGGAUGAUGCCGGCGGCGAUGACAGCGACGUGGACGACGGUCUGGCUACCUCGUUAGGUGUGCUCAAAGUCGAUGCAGACAAGGGCAAAUCUAUGUAUAUCGGGCAAGAGCACUGGCACACGCUCCUGGCCGACAUAAGCGAAGUAAAGAACUUCUAUAUUUCUCAUAAGAAGGAUCUCGAAAACAGUUACCAGAGAGUCAUGUCUUCGAAGCCUGCGACCGCCCGGGAUUCCCCCAUCUUCUUAUUAUCUGCUCCGCUAGCUACGGAAGCCGAGCUGAGAGCAGAACUGCCCUCGAGAACUGCCAUUAUGGCGCUGGUCUCGAGGUAUUUUAACUCGUUAGAUACCGCCGCUAGCGUCGUUCACGGGCCUACGUUUCAGCAUCAGCUACGGAAUCACUGGCUAGACCCGUCCAAGUCGAGUAUCAUGUGGAUAGGGUUACUUUAUGCCAUGUUAUGCCUUGCAAUGCUUAGCUACCACAAAGUCGGGGACGAACCCCCUGAGUGGAAGGGCAGGUCUCUGGAACUUGCGGCGGAGUAUCGACUGCGAACGGUACAAUGUCUGAUAGCCGCCGAUUACACUAAGCCAGUCGAAUACACAGUAGAAACUCUGCUGCUUUACUUAUUUGGGGAGUAUUCCUCGCGCUGGGAUGCAGAUCUUUCGCUCUGGAUCAUCGCGGGAAUCAUCACGAGGCUUGCCUUCCGUAUGGGCUACCACAGAGAUUCAGACUGGUUCAAGUCCAUCACACCAUUUCAAGGGGAAAUGCGCCGAAGGACUUGGGCCCUGCUACGCAUGGCCGACGUUGUAUUUUCAUACCAGGUAUCCUUGCCGACAAUGAUCUACGAGCACGACACCGAUACAAAGCUGCCGCACAACUUGUUCGACGAGGAAUUCGGAACCAACACCAAGGUCCUCCCGCCAUCUAGGCCCAUGACAGAGCCGACCCCGAUCGCUUAUAUGAUCGGCAAGACAAAGCUGUGUAUCGAAUUUGGCAACAUCCUCCAGGCAGUUACACGAGUAGGCAAGCAAGUGAGCUACGACGAGAUCUUGCUCCACGAUGGGAAACUUCGCGAGAUCAUGGACGAAUUCCCGCGGCAUCUGAAGCUCCAACCGCUGGAAGGAUCACACGACCCCGUAACUCUCAUCAUUGCGAGAUUCAACUUGAACAUACUUUACCAAAAGGUCAUGUGCAUGUUGCACAGGAAACACAUGAUACGUGCUCGGCAGAAUCCGCGGUAUGCCCAUUCCCGCCGUAGCGCGAUCGAAGCCUCGCUCGAAAUCUUGGGACAUCUAAGAACGAUCUACCGAGAGUGCCAGCCGCAUGGCCGGCUUCGAUCCAUGAAGUGGUACGUUUCGUCAACGUCGAGAGACACGCUGCUUCCCACGAUGCUGGUCAUACUAGACCUCCACCAUGACUACACUGCGGUCGCCUCCGGUGCCCGGCAGGACUCGCAGACCGCGUCUUUCUGGACGCUUGAGCAACGGCAGGAAAUGAUCAAAACCCUCGAAAGCGUCUCGGAGAUAUGGAGGUCGCUAGCGCACGAAUCGGUGGAGGCCUACAAGGCAGCAAGUAUUCUCCAAAUCAUGUUGGAAAAGCUCAAGAAUCCUCGAGCGGUGCCGAGCAGCACAGAUGCGUCGGAAGCGCAGCCAGAGAACCUCUUCACGACUUUUGGAACGGAAUUAAUUCCCGAGCAUUCGGCGGCCAUGACUCUCGAUAUGCUCUCAAAAGGGUUGACGCCCACUUAUCAGUCUCCCGGUGGAACGAACUACCCGAACGUAGAACUCGGCGCCGAAGCCGGAACCACGGCCGAAACCGGUCUCACACCUGAGUUUCAACUACCCGAGAGCUAUCCUGGUCCUAUCAACAACGCCGCGUCACCGUUCACGAUGUUCACGACGUUUGGAGGCGGAGGCAAUAUGGCGAUAGACCAUAACUUUGACUGGGAUGCAUUCGAGAACUACGCACAGACUGCGACCUGGGGACCGGACCAGACAUCGUUCCAGUUCUUUGCGGGCAAUGUUGACCAGCAGUCACAGCAGGGGUCAUCGGACGGUUCCUUCACCUUCCUCAACCCCAGCACGCCCGGCCCAUCCGGCCCAUAG